GUGGGAGCGGGGGUCAAACAACGCGGCAGCUAGUUGGCCGCUGUAGGCAGGCUCCUCUUUUCGGACCCUUGACCCUCGGACGUUCAGGGCCAUGGCCCUGCCGCUGCUGCCCGGCAACAGCUUCAACCGGAAUGUGGGAAAGGAGAAAUUCCACAAAUCUCAACAUUGGGGCUUUUGCAACAAUGUUAGGAUGCUGGUGAGUGACGAUAAACCAGGAAUAGGAGGAGAACUGCUUUUUGGACAGAAGAUAAAGCCAAAGUAUAGUGUAUUUCCUGAAGGAAUGGGAAGUGACUCGCCAUCCUGGGUGGCUUUUGAUAAACAGGUAUUAUCUUUUGAUGCCUAUUUGGAAGAUGAAGUGCCUGAUAAAAGGCAAGAAAACUAUAGAAUUAGACGCUAUAAAAUCUACUUCUACCUUGAAGAUGACACAAUUCAAGUAAAUGAACCAGCAUUGAAAAACAGCGGAUUGCCUCAAGGAACUUCUAUCCGGCGUCACCGGAUUUCUCUCCCACCUCCGGAUGAGGAUCAGUUUUAUACCGUGUAUCAUUUCAAUGUCGGCACAGACGUUGUCUUUUAUGGCCGGACAUUCAAGAUUUAUGACUGUGAUACAUUCACAAAAAACUUUCUGAAGAAAAUAGGAGUCAAAGUAAACCCCCCGCGACAAUGUCCAGAAGAUCCUUACCUGAAGUUACGGAGAGAGACGCUGGAUUGCGUGGAGCCCUUAUGUCCCUACGAGUCCUUCGACACUCUGAAACAGUUCCUCAACUAUGAUAGGAAGGUUCUGCGUUUCUUCUGCCUGUGGGAUGACUCAGGCUCAAUGUUCGGGGACCGUAGAGAACUCAUCCUGCGUUACUUUCUGUCUGAUGAUACUAUCGAAAUCAAAGAAGCGUUGCCACGUAACUCAGGAAGAGAUCCUGUGACAGUGUUCCUCAAGAGGGGAAAGCUACCUAAGUAUGGCCCCCCUGGAGUCUAUCAACCAGGCCAGUUAGCAGAUCAAACAGUUCUCAAUAUGUAUGGUGGCUAUUCAGUGAACCGAGUGUACAGAUACCUGCUGGAUAAAUGCAAGCUAGAAAAAUUAGAGCAAGAGUUUUACAAAGAUAGUGACCUGUCCAUAGGAACCACCAUCAACGUGUGGGGAAGGAAAGUGCUCCUCUGUGACUGUGACAAAUUCACGAAGACUUAUUAUAAGACUAAAUAUGGAAUUGAGAACUUUACCUCGAUUUCAUGCAAGGCCCCAUCUCCUCCAAAAAUAGAAAGGAAAUUUCCACCUUAUACCGGCUUUGGUUCUGAAGAGGAUUCUCUCCGCUCCUGCAUAGGCCUCAUGCCCACACCUCAUCAGAGGGACUUCAAGAAGUUCAUGGAAAAAGACAGCUAUGGCAACAUAAGCAACAGGCUCCGGUUUUUUGCAAAACUAAUUACACAAAAAUGUGCUGAUAUGGAAAGGCUGUUUAUUAUUUCCUAUUUUCUCAGUGAUGAUGCAAUUUCAGUGUUUGAACCCAUAGAGAGGAAUUCAGGGUUUACGGGUGGGAUGUUCUUGAAAAGAAGUCGUGUUAAGAAGCCUGGACAAGAAGUCUUUAAAAGUGAACUGUCGGAAUACAUCAAGGCUGAGGAGUUGUAUAUUGGCGCCAAAGUGAACGUGAAUGGCUACAUGUUUCUUUUGCUCAAUGCCGAUGAGUACACCUUAAAGUACAUGGAGGAGAAUUCGGAUAAGUUUCCUUUCAGCAACAUUGAACUUGCCCUACAAAAAGUAAAGGAAGAAGAAUCAAAAUCCAGAGAGCUCAAGCAGGUAUUUACAGCUGCGGAUUGUAUGCACACGAAGAUGGUAGAUUAUAAUACAUUCAGAGACAUAAUGAUGACUCUAACUGUCGGGAGACUCACAGACCAAGAACUUAUAACCAUUGCACGUCACUACCAGGUGCCUGAGGACCCGUGUCCAGAUAUCCUAAUGGCACAGGUCCACGAGCAGCUCAAGAAAAAUGGUUUUGAGAAUUUCGAAAGACUCAUUGCUACCUGUGUAUACCAAGAUCGGGAAAAGAAAAAAGUAUUACCCAGCAAAGACAUCAGAAGGCUGUGCAAGUCCGCCAGGUUACCUUUGACUGAUGAUCUUCUAGCAUCCUUGCUGUCCAGGUUUGAAGACAGUGAAAAACAAAUAAAUUACGAAUCAUUUUUCUGUGCCCUGAAUUGGAGAGUGAAUCCGAUGCCCGAAUUGGAAGCAGUGUCACCCAAUAAAGAGAGAUGUGAAGAGGAGUGGCUCGGGAUGCCAUCACCUAUUCCUGCGAAAUGCAUUAACUAUUUAAAGCUUUUAAAGGAUGUGUUUGGCUUAGAGGAGGAGUAACCAUGCAGCUUUGGUUACCUCCCUUUGAUUUCCUGCUCUACUUUUGCCAAGUUUGUUUCAGUAGAUAUAAUUCCAUUAAAAACAAAAAGAAACAAAGUUCAUAUUGAAUUAAAAUCCCAUAGACCGCAAUUAAUCUCCAUUUGUCAUGUUAGUUUUUCAGAACAUCAUACGAUAUUGCUGAUGUAUCAGCACUAUUAAAAAUGCCAUUUAAAGAAAGGAACAUUUUUAUUAUAUGAUUUAUUAAUACCAAGAAUCUUACUGUAACUUUCUAGCCAACAUGAUUCAUUACAACACAAAAAGAAACUGACUUUUGACAGCUAUAUAUGACAAUAUAAAAUCAAAUUAUAUCAGCACAAAAAGUUAUAUUAAACAUUUUUUGAAGUCUUUUUGACAUGUGUUUAUUACUUAUAUAAUUAAACUUCGUAGCAACCCACCUUUUCAAAAUAAUCCUUAAACUUCUGUCGAGUGAAGGUAUUUGUUUUCUGAAAUGAGCAAAGUUAUGGGAAGAACUCCCCCACAACACACACACAAAAUUAGGGAGAGAGAUUGAAACAUAUGCAAUGUUUAGAUAGUCAAAGGGCAUUAAAAAUAUAAAGUUAGCUUGUUAACAUAGGAAUAUGUGUAUAUAAUUACAGUAUGACCAAAAAUGUAUGAUGUCUGAAAUAUUUAAGGAUGUGAAUGCUGAAGAUUUUGAGAGAGCUCUUGGUUCAUUCUCCACACACAAAUAACCGCCCACCCCAGAGGUUUUCAUAUUCUAAGACUCCAGCGCAUUCCCCUUUUGCAUUUCUCUAUUUUUCUCUUACUUUUAGGACUCUACAUUAUAAGUCACAGCAGAACUUCUGUCACAUAGUGUAUAUCUGAUUACACCUCCUAACCAUGGACCUCUGGGAAUUCAUCGUGAGAAGGUUGUCAGUCCACCCCAUCCUUCAAUGUUGGGUGCUGGGUAUCACAAAUCCAGUUGGCUGGUGUUCUCAGAAACGAUGAAACCCUGCGGAAAAGGGACUUGGGUGUUGACUUUCACGACUGCUCUGAGGGGAGGAAGAGGAACUGAUGACAUCUCAAGGGUCCCUUCCAUCUCAUUAUUCUUCCUCUCCACAUUUACAGGAUUUGGCCUAGAAAUGAGCUGGCCUCUUGGCACUCAGAUGUACCAAUUUGCUCGACAACAAAGACUCUUUCAUUUUUUUAAAGAGUGGAAGUUAACCAAUAAACUAUUUCUAGAUACAAACCUAGGAUAAUUCUAUAUGUGCCAUCGUUAAAAUAAAUCCCAUAGGAUUUUCCAGUAAACUAGAACACUCAAUUUAUAUCCUAGAACCAUUUACCCAUAAAAUCUAAUUUUGACUUCUUGAUUUUUGUCCCAGGCUUUUUUUUUUUUUUUUUUUUUUUUUUUUUUUUUGACAACUGACAGUGCCAAACCAUUUUGUCACUUUAAGAUUUUCCAUUCCCCAGAGAGGCAAGCUUU